GACCAACGUGGGUUUACAAAAUGCAGAGACCAAUCAACCGUUUCCUGCACAGAGACAACAUCAUCACAAGCUGUAGGUGCAUGCAUGACGGGCGCUGGACAGCUGGCUGAACAACUCCAGGAAAGCUUUUCUGCUGCAGCUGUUGACCAAGUCUCCUCCGGGCUGCUGGCUAACUUCUCGUCGACACAUCACUUCAGCUUCAGUUUGUUUUGGACUGGAUACGACAAGCAGCAAAAAGACAUGGCUUUCCAACGCGGAGCAUUUCUACCGCUGUUCCUUCACGUCUGCCUCCUCGGCUGCAGCGCCUGGGCCAAGGUGGAGCUGACGAUGCAUGAGAGUGUUGAGGCGUACCUGGGUGACUCGGCUCAGAUCCCCUGCCAGUACAGCUUCACUGACGCCAACAAUGAGCCCAGCUUUGUCAUGAUCCAGUGGUUUGUGAGAGCGGUCAGUGACAGCUCCCGGAAGCGGAUCUUCUACGGCGACAGCAAUCAGCAGGUGGUGGACAACAACACAGAAUACAGCGGUCGCAUCCAGGUGACUUCGGAUCAGCAGGGAAUUCUGACCAUCCAGGACGUCCAGAUCUCAGACGAGAGGGAGUUCUUCUGCCAGGUUAAUGGGCUGGCUGCCGGGAGUGCAGAGGGCAAGACCCACCUCAGGGUGUUUGCUCCUCCAGACGCUCCAGUGAUCGAGGGUGUCCCUGCUGGAAUAUCUGUGACCAACGAGGUGCCGUCUAAGGUUGCGUCAUGUGAGGCUCAGAACGGCUUCCCUAAACCCAAUAUCACCUGGUACAGAAACAGCCUGCCACUGAUGUCCUCACCUGGACAUGUAAACGUGUUGAUCCUGGUGACCCGGGAGUACAGUGGCUUCUACUCCGUCCAGAGCACUUUGGAGUACAAGGUGGUCAAGGAGGACAAGGACGCCCAUUUCUCCUGUGAGGUCAGCUUCUUUGUCCCGGGAGCCAUCAGGACAGUCGAGUCCAACAGCGUCAACAUCACUGUUCACUACCCCACCACCAUGGUGGAGCUGUGGAAGGAGUCGCCCCAGGGCUUGGUCAAAGAGGGGGAUACUGUGGAGCUGCGUUGCCAGGGUGAUGGCAACCCCCCGCCGCCCUUCAUUUUCAGCAGAGAACAAGAGCCGGACGAUGACCUGGAGAGCAGAGGUGACGUGUUGAUCCUGGCACCGGUGUCGCGGAAAGACAGCGGCAUCUACCAGUGUCGCCCUCUGGACUCCGACGGAUACACCGAGGUCAAAGGAGAAAUGCAGCUCACUGUGCACUAUUUGGACCCAGCCGUGGUGGUUCCUAAAGACUCGGAGUUCAUGCUCAAAGGAGAGGAUCUGACCGCGACCUGCAACGCUCUGUCCUCCCUGAAAACAUCCACUGUCUGGUACAAAGAUGGGAAGCAGGUGGGUAAGGGGAACACGUUGCACCUGCAGGACGUCACCUACGAAACAACGGGAGAGUACAUAUGUGAGGUGACCGUUCCCUCCCUGCCCGCCCUGCACACCAGCGGCUCCGUUCACAUCAUCGUCCAAGGUGGUCCCCAGCUGGUGGGCAUGGAUCAGGAGGUGCAGAUGGAGGAGGCAACAGGCCGAGUGGUAAACCUGAGCUGCGAGGCUCAGGGCCAUCCGCUGCCCAGCAUCUCCUGGAACAUCAUCGGCAGCCAGAACUGGCACGAGGUGGUGAGCAAGGCAAACGAGCACAUGACCCACAGUGUGGUGUCAGUCAAGGUCACCUCGGACAUCAGCGCUCAGUGCAACGCUUCCAAUGACAUGGGCACUGAGGUGAAGGCUUUCAGCGUCAAAGCCAUUCCCAGGGUCACCACAACUGCUCCCUUCUCUCCUGCUGAGGGCAGUGGAGUCAUCAUAGUGGUGAUCAUACUGUGUCUGCUGCUGCUGGCCAUCCUCGGAAGUGUUCUCUACUUCCUUCAUAAGAAGGGAAAGAUCCCCUGUGGACGCUCGGGGAAGCAGGAGAUUACCAAAGAGAAGACCACCAAAGAUGACAUUGUUGUGGAGAUGAAGAGCAACACAAAGAAUGAGGAAGCCGUCCUGCUAAAGGCCGUCAACGGAGACAAAAAGGGCCCCAGCGACAAGUAAAGUCCGCGGCGGUUCUGCAGUGACGUCGUGCAGCAGGAGGCAGGUCACAUGAAGUCAGUGUGUGUGUGUGUGUGUGUUGGAGCAGAGGAGGCGCCCACUGAUCUGUGACCUGCAGGGUAACACCCACCCCACUGUCCGGACAUUCCCCCAUCAUGCUUUGUUCUCAGCAGUAUUCAGUAGAUUUAGAUAGCAACACACAACCACAUCCAUGCUCACCUUAUACAAACACACACACACACACACACACACACACACACACACACACACACAGACACAGACACAGGUAUGUAUGUACAGAUGUGUAUUUCCUUUCAGGUGAAUGUUUGCUUCCUGAAACAUUCAGUUCCUCCACUUGUUUUGUACUAUUUCCUCCAACUAUGUUCAACUCUUGGCUGUUGUUCAGUGUGUGUAUGACGUCGUCUCGUACGCAGCGUCAACUCUUGUUUUUGUUUUUUAUGAAAGUGUAUAUAUUAUAUAUAUUUUGUUAUUUAAGAUAUUUUGGCACUCAGAUUUUCAGUUCUUGGUAGCGUCUGGGUCAUGUGCAUGUUGAUCCGUGUUCAUGGGUCCAGGUGAGUUUCAGGACGGGACAUGACGUCAGAGACCAAAACACUAGCUGCUCCUCUGCGGCAGCUCACAGUCACACUGAGGGAAGGCUCAUCGGUGUGUUUGCUUCAGUUUGACUAUUGAUUGACUCCAAUAUUUGUAGAAAUUAAUGUUGAAAUCUGAGACAUUUCCUCAAGCAACAGUGUCUUGUUUUUUUUGCGGGAAAAGUGAAACCAUCAGGAGACACUAAAGCUUGAAAGGCAAGAAACCCACAACAGUAAUAACAUCUAUAAACACUGUCAAUCACACACUGGCUGCCUUUCUUUUGCAAACUACUGUCAAGCCCUUGUACUGUUUGUAAAUACAUGUAGUGUACAGACCUGUUAGUGGUGGCCUUGGACUGUUACUGAAGGUGAAAAGGUCAAAGGUUAGUGAUCUGCUGUGCCUGUUUUGAGAAUGCAUCAUACACUGAAUUUUUGUUUUUGUUUGUUUCUUUGGUUUGCUCUGUGUGUUUUCUUUGUUUCCACUAAGAGGUAGUUGAGCCUGAAGACGUGUUUCAGUGUUAUGCAUGUUUAAGCCUUUUACUACACACAACAAUCAUUACAGUUUCUACAAUCAUUUCUUUCUAUUCAGGCCGUCGCUGGUUUUUGUUUCCAGUUUGAGAAUCAACAGACUGACACUGGAAACUUGCUUGAAUUUGAUAAUCCAUCACUGAGUUUUCUGUUCAGUUACAAUGUUAUGCCAUGAUAAUGCAGUUUUUACCGCAGAUUGAUUAGAAAGAUCUGCUCUGCAUUACCACGAAUCUCUAUCAUGAAACACUGAUGGAUGACUGACCUCCACAGCAAGUUUCAUUGUUGUUUCUUUUAAAGAUUGAAACUAAUGUAGAGCUGUGGAAGGUAGGAACACAUAUAAUGUCAAUCAACAGCUCCAUUUUGUAUUAUAACUAAAUUUGAGUCAUAGAGCUAAGAGUGUGGAGGGUGGGCAGUUAGAAAAUCCAGGUCAUUACGCAACACUUGCUGCUGUUUUGAAGGUGUUUUGAAAAUCUUCAAACCAUCUGGAUCAAAAUAGGAUCAAACAAGUCCAAAAAUAACAAACUUUCCUGAAGUGAAAAGUUGUAUUAUCAGUUGCAUUUUUCUGUUCUCAUUGUACAUUCAUUUAUACAAGAUAUUUCCACAUUAUUUCUUUUUUUUUAUUUUUUCCAAAUCCAGACGGGUCAAAGAGUCUCUGUGGAUUCUUGAAAUCCCCUUAGAAGAGCAAUACGUGUUUUUGAAAUGACAAAUUAGCAAAAAGCCAAGUUUGGGCUUUUAAAAGAUCAUCAGAGAUUUGUUUCAGCAAAGCGGUUGUUUAUCUCUGACUCAACAGUAAUAAUGGCUGAGAGGCACAAAGGGUGCUCAGCUACAGCAUGUUCAGCAAAGAGGUUCAUCUCCCUGAUUUUUUUUUUAUUUUUAUAGUAAAUCGGCUGAAACGUGAACGAACACUGGUGUGCUGCUUCAGGCCCGUGUUGUGAAUAUGACGUACUGAUCGCUCACUGUUUAGGUUAUUGUGAAAAGGUUUUUGACUUUUUGUUGCCGAGCGCCACAUUGCCCCGAUGACUUGCAACAUUAACAAAGUAGUGACAUGUUUUCUGGUAAUCUUUGUUUUUUGUUUUCCUCCACUGAGUUGAGAUGUUAAAGUUGUAGAAAUAUCCAGGUUCAGGACGUCCUCAGGCAAGAAAUGAGAUGCUGUCAUUGCGGUUUAGAAGAGCUGCACAAAGCCAUAACACCAACCGCCUCAUGCGUGCAGGCUGGUAUUUCUGAUUUGAUCUAGACAGUAAAUCUGCACCUCGUCUUCUCAGUUUAACUUUAAAUAUGACAUUCUUUGUUUGUGGUUCUGGAUUUUUCAUCAGUGGGAAAAAAAAAAAAGUUUUAAAGUAAACAUUGCAGUCAUGUUUUUUUUUUUUCUAAAUGUGUGUAAAUUAAGUACUGUACAUGUGAUCCUUUAAUGCUUGCGUUUUUUUUUUAUAUUUUUUGCAAGAAAAUAAUGCCAAAUAAAAAUGUUUCAUUUAAAGAGA